AUGCACUAUACAAAAGAUUGCCAAUACCGUGAACACCUGUGCCGUGACUGUAAGAAGAAGGGGCAUAAGGAAGGCUAUUGCGGUUGUUUUUCAAAGAAGCCUGCGAAGAAGAAAUUCGAGCCGAGAAAGCACAAGGACGUGAACGUUGUUGUGUCGGUCAAAAACGUUAGCCAGAGACGGAAGUAUGCUGAAGUUCAGAUCAACAAAGUACCAGUCCAAAUGCAAGUCGAUUCAGCGUCGGAUAUCACUAUCAUUUCCGAUGCGACUUGGAAGCGGACUGGACAACCACAGGGUGACACCCCGUCAUGCGACGCUAGGGCUGCUUCAGGAGAGCCACUCAAUCUCGUUUUGGAAUUUCGGUGUGACGUUGAGCUCAGUGGCAUCAAUAAACGAGGUAUGUGUCGCGUUGCAUCUCCUAACCUUGACCUGAAUAUUUUAGGUUCCGAUUGGAUGGAGUUGUUUAAUCUGUGGGAUGUACCAAUCAGCCAGUUUUGCCACAGAAUCAACAACCAGUCGGAACAAGGUAUCGAAGCAAUACAAGCUCGUUUUCCGAAGGUGUUUACCGAGAAAAUGGACCUCUGCACAAAAACGAAAAUUCAGUUCACUCUGAAAGGAGACACGAAACCAGUUUUUCGAUCCAAGCGUCCUGUAGCAUACAGUGUGCAAGUAGCAGUCGAAGAGGAAAUCCACCGUCUUUUGAGUUUGGGUAUUCUUAAGCCGGUUGAGCAUUCGGAAUGGGCCGCGCCUAUCGUUGUUGUGCGGAAACCGAAUGGACGGGUACGCAUAUGUGCUGAUUUUUCUACGGGUCUGAACAACGAGCUAGAGCCAAAUCAGUACCUGUUGCCAUUGCCGGAGGAUAUUUUUACAAAAAUGGCUGGGUGCAAGAUUUUCAGUUAUUUGGAUCUCUCCGAUGCUUACAAGUGCAAGUUGAUCAAUAGGACCAGCAACUACUAA